GACGUCCGGCAAAGCGAACGCGAAUCGAACUCACCUGUUAGCAGCUCAAACGCGAGAAGAAAGGCGGCGAGCUCCACUAGAGGUCAUGUGACCUUCCCUAGCAACGGACGCGGUUUCCUCAGCAACGAGGCCUGAGGGUCCCCGGAGCAGCCAGGUGCCGAUCUGAGCGCGGGGCAAGCCGUCCACGCAGGGGGAGGCUGUCCCGCAAGGAACCAGGCCCCGUGCCCGGUAGGCCUUGAGCCACCUAGAGAAGACUGGCAACCAGGGCAGCUGCAGAAGAGAUACGCCCCCGACAACCACAAUUGAGCCCCAAAUUUCCGUUGGGCCAGCGACAGAACCCGCUUAGCCUUGGCCCGGCUGCCUACCGAACAUGAGUCGCUUCUACGACAGCAUUGAGCCCAACGUGAUCAAUGAGGAGAUUCUGCAGAAAGCGGUGGAGGAGCAGGGCCCUCAGGACGACGCCAGCCAGCUGGCCAAGAAGGAAGGCAUCAAUUUCAAGGAGGUCAAAGCCCUGCAACUAGAUUUUAGAAAUAUCCUGAAGAUAGACAAUCUUUGGGAGUUCAUCAACCUCACAAAAUUGCAGCUCGACAACAAUAUUAUUGAAAAGAUAGAAGCACUGGAUUCUCUGGUUAAUCUGGUUUGGCUAGACUUGUCCUUCAACAAUAUCAAACUCAUUGAAGGCUUGGACGCGUUGGUUAAGUUGCAGGACCUUAGUUUGUACAAUAACAGGAUCUCCAGGAUUGAGAAUCUGGAUACGCUACAAGAACUCCAAGUCUUUUCUAUAGGAAAUAAUAAUAUCAACAACCUGGAAAAUGUGAUCUAUCUCAGAAAAUUCAAAAACCUACGCACACUCAACUUCACUGGGAACCCAAUGUGUGACAAUGAAGUGUACGCCAUGUUCAUUGCGGCUUACCUGCCCAAUCUCGUGUACCUGGAUUUCAGGCUGGUGGAGGAAAACAUGCGAGAGAUGGCCGUGCUGAAGUACCAGUAUGCCAUAGAGGAGAUGAGGCAUGGGGAAACGCUGGCCUUGGCCAAGCAGAAGGAGUGGGAGGCCAGGCAAAAGGAGGUGGAAUACCACAAGUCUGCCUACGUGGAGUAUCUGGAUGGACCGUAUCUCUUUGACAGCAUGUAUACAGAAGAUCCUGAAGCUUCUAAGCUGAUGUACCUUCCUGGCGUUCCAGCGCUGUUAGAGACCUACAAGAGUAAAUUUGUAGAGAUUUGCCAAAUGCUCUUUGAAUAUGGCUUGCAGCAGCACAAAAGGCGAGAGGAAGAGAUUGCAAUUUUCUAUGAGUGCCUCAAUGAAGCCCUGAAAGACAACCAAGAUCAGGGCACCAGAAUCAUUCAAGAGUUUGAGAAGAAGCACCAUGGGACGGUCGAUGAAAUUCAGAACCUCAGUGACUCCCAUAUGGCCGAGUUAAAGCUGGUGGAGUACAACGAUGAAAUCACCAAGCUAUAUGAAACGUUGAUGUCUCUGGAGAUGCAGCUGGUUGACCAGCUGGAGGAAGUUAUAAAAGAUUUCGAAAGGAACAUCGCUGAUCUUGUCUCGAUUUUUAUAGAGAACGAGCAAGGAUUGAUGGCCCAAUGUCGGGAUCUUGAAAACCACCAUCACGAGAAGCUCUUAGAAAUAGCCAUCAACACGCUGGAGAAGAUAGUGAAGAGCGAGUACGAUGAGGAAAUGCCGGAUGACGUCCGCAUGCUCUUUGUCGACAAAGACACCAUUGUCAAUGCAGUCAACGCCUCCCAUGAUAUUCACCUGUUGAAGAUUGACAACCGAGAAGAUGAAAUCAUCACCAAAGCUAACAAUCGGGUUUAUAAUCUGAUUGAAAAGGUUCACAAGGAUGAAAUUCACCGAAACCGGAGCCGUGUGCUAGAACUCAAUUACUAUGUUGAUCAUGUCCGUAGUGAGCUGGAUAACUUGGACAUCCUGGAGCAGUAGCUGCUUUCAGUCCUGAAGCGUGCAAACUCCAUUUCUGGAUUUAGAUUCUUCAACUAGCAGUGAACCUGCCUGGCUGUCUCCUUGUGGUUGAAUCUAAUCCACUGAACACAAAGAACGUAUCCCACUGCAGAGGCUCUUUAAUCCCCCAAAAUGUUUAAUGAUCAAAAUGAAUAAAUGGAUAUAUUUUCUUUUAAAAAGAACAAAUUGUAUCAGAUUAUUUUUGUCUGUCUUCAAAGCAUACUUCCAAACAAAGUACUCACCUGUAGUCAUCGUUUUUUUAUUUUCUAAUAAAGUUUAUAGAACUAA